UCAACCGUGGUUUUUGCAGCACAUUGUUAUUUUGUGGUAACCAUGGUUUAACUACUGGAACCAAGUUUAUUACGGUAGUAAAAUCCUCUUUUCCUGGAGUGUAAAAGAGAUUUGAAGUACACACCCCCCUCGCGGAUCCGGUCUCUUUCGUUUUCAUUUCCCGGAAGGAUUCUUCAUAUUGCAGACGAUCCGCAUAAGAAAAAUCAAACUCAGCUUUACUAAACUACGUUUUAAAGCGUCCAUCAAUGCUUUCUUACGUGCUUUUUAUGACGAUCAGUUAUUGAUCAGCGAAUAUUUGAAAAAGUUUGCCUAAAUCUAAGAACAUGAGUGACGCUUCCUCACCGCCACCUUUAAUAAAGAGCUGUACUGGGAACGGACCCCCAGUCUUCAGUCCUCCAGUUGUUUCAGAACCUCAAAAUGGCUCUUCCUCUCUAUAUGAAGCUGUCCCGGAUGAACUGUGCAAGCUACCUGGAAGACUACGAAUAAAUCCCUCUUUGUGGAAUAAGGAAGAUGUAAAUCUCUGGCUGCGCUGGGCCCAGAGGGAAUAUUCAUUGAGGCGUGCUGAUCACCAGACAUUUGAGAUGAACGGAAAGGCACUUUGCCUUCUCACCAAAGAGGACUUCCGUCUGCGCUGUCCCAGCUCUGGUGAUGUCCUGUAUGAACUCCUUCAACAUGUGAAGCAGCAGAGAAGAUGUGCCAUCUUCAGCCCCACGUCCAACUGCAACACACAGUCACAACAGGUGCUCGGCUCGCAUGGGACGGCAGGUCCGUGUGUUCCUUCUAACAGAACUGUUCCUGUUUGUCCUGUAAAUUCACGAAAACUAACAGCUGACUGGAGCACAGAUCAUAGCCAGGAGACGACAUUAUCUGUUGAGAGUGGCCAUCACCAAGGCAUACACACUGGACCUUUUCAACAUUCUCCUGAGGAAACUGUUCAGCAGGUGCCUGUACACAAGGCAAGAAAUCCUUCAGAUUUGUACUGUAAAGAUGAACCACUCAAUUUGUCAAGUAAAACCGAAAGGCCAGCAAACACCACACACACAUCUGAAGCCAAUGGCAAGAUUCCAGAUUGCAAACUCUUAUGGGACUACGUGUACCACCUGCUGUCGGACAGCAGGUAUGAGGCCUACAUCCGCUGGGAGGACCCGAACACAAUGACCUUCAGAGUGGUGGAUCCCAAUGGACUGGCAAGACUGUGGGGCAACCACAAGAACCGAGUCAAUAUGACAUAUGAGAAAAUGUCAAGAGCACUGCGCCAUUACUACAAGCUCAACAUUAUCAAAAAAGAAACUGGGCAGAGAUUACUCUUCCGGUUUCUGAAAACCCCUGAUGAAAUAAUGCAAGCCAGGACAGAACGGACAGAACCUUCAGAGUCUCCUGACAGUCCCAUAUCUCCUGAUAAUAGAGAAGAUGCCUUGGAAGUUUCACCUGAAUCGUCUCCCACCUCCCUGAGCCCCUACUCUGAACACAACUUCAGCAUAUCACCACUUCCAUUACAAUCUGAUCUAGGAUCAGCAUAAUCUCUGUAACAAAUGAACAUGAGUGGAACACUCCUGAUCUUUCAUCAAUGUGAAUGUCCUGUAUGCAGUCUAAACUGAUGUCUACAUGAUCAGUGAUGAUGAGUUAUAUCCUGUAGGUACCAAUGGACUCAGUAAGACAUUAGGAGCUGUUUGGGUUUAAAGUUCGUGAUCAGAAAGAUCGCUUUUAAGUUAAUCUGAGAGUAAUAUUUUGAGUAAAACUACAGUAAACAACACUAACUUUAAGCAAUAAGGAUAUAGUUUCUAUGAACUUUUCAUGAUUUUCAACUUUCUGAUGGGGAUAAAUUUAAUGAAACAAUUUUCUCGCAGGUUGUAAAAAUGUGCAAUGUUUCUACAGUUUUGGGAUUUAACAAUAUCAUUAUAUUGUUUAUUAUAUUUUGUUUAUUCAGUUGAAUAAUGUGUACAAUGAAAUCUGUCAGUUUGAUAAUUAACUAAACUCUUAAACUGAUUCAGACUUUUUUUUAAGGAAAUUAAAAUUAACUUGCUUUAAUAAA